AUGGAUCAAUUCUCAAAGAAGUUAAAUGUUCGUCCAUGGGGCGAUUUUGCUGAACUUGAUAGAUUCUCAAUCCCAGACGCUCAAGUCAAGGAGAGAUGUGAAACUAAUCUAGACUAUUACAGUGGAAACUAUGCCAUCAUUGUUGGUGUUGUUCUUUUGUUGACUUUGUUCACCAAUUACUCAUUAUUGUUUGCAGUUGUUGUAUUGGCUGGUGUCGGUUUCUUCUUGUUUGUCCAACAACCAAGAAGUUACACUGUCGGUGGAGUCGUCGUUACCAAGACUAUUCAACUCGUUGUCUAUACUCUUAUUACUGUAUACUGGGUCUACAAGGUUAGCGGAUUGACUUUGUUCUAUACCACACUCGUUGCAUUGUUGACUGUUUUGGCUCACAGUGCCACUCGCAAGAGAUCUGUCAAGAGCAAGGUUAACAAGGCUCUCAAUGACUUGAGUGAUAAUUAA